UUGUUGACUUGACGUAGCUGUCACACAGGAAAACCUAGGCGUAUGAGACAUGGGCUAUCUGUACAGAAUUUGUGAAAAGACUUUGGGUCAAAUAGUGGUACUACUGGCGAGCAGUGAGACACAUUCAGCAAUUUCAGCUGUAUAUUCUCAAGGUGCUGAGACAUUUCACUUCAAGCUACGAGUAACGGUUUCCAGUAAAAAAAGAAAAAGGAGCCUGUGUACUGAAGAGAAAGGUCUUUUUACAGGAGACACCAUAAAAUGGCAGCAGUCAUUAACAGCAGCAACAGCAGCUACAGCAGCAACUGUAACAGUACAUUUUCAAAGGUCCUGUUACCUCCCAUCUACAGUGUGGAGAUGUGUGUGGCGCUGGUGGGGAACAUACUGGCGCUGUGGCUGCUUGUGACUAAGGAGAGGAAGAACUGGCACACGGGAGUGGUGUUCUCCUGCAACCUGGUCAUCAGUGACAUCCUUUACGCCCUCACUCUGCCCCUUCUUAUCGACUAUUAUUCAAGAGAACGGAAGUGGAUAUUUGGUCAUACUGUCUGCAAAAUAGAGCGCUUUCUCUUCACCUGUAACCUCUACGUCAGUAUUUACUUCAUCAUGUGCAUUAGUGUUAAUAGAUACCUGGCCAUCGUUCAUCCCUUCUUCGCACGCAACCAUGUGCAACCGAAACAUGCCAAGAUCAUCAGUUUUCUGGUGUGGAUCCUAGUGGCGAGCAUUUCAUCUCCAAUCCUUUAUUAUUCAGGUACCAAGGGUAAAAGAUGUUCCUUAUUCUCAGACUCAAAUUCUGAACCUAAAAAGUUUAUGUACAGGGUGUUUAUGGCUGUAGUAGGGUGUUUGGUCCCAUUUUUGUUAACAUUUGCAUCCUACUUUGGUGUUAUUUGGGUCGUUUUCAAAAAUGAGAAUAUUACAUCAAUGGAGAAGAAAAAAGUGGCUUUGAUGGUGGGUUUAGUCUGCGUCCUGUACUCCAUGUCUUUUGUGCCUUACCACAUUUUGCAAAUAUGGCACUUUAAGCUGAAGGGGGCAAAAAUUUAUAAUUAUUAUGUUUGUAAUGGAUACCAAGUGUCAAAGGCAUUAGCCUGCGUGAACAUGUGCCUCCAUCCCAUCUUGUAUAUGGCUGUGUUUGACAGUAUCAGGACAAUGUGCUGUAGAAGAAGCUCGAAUUAAGCUGAUUAAGCUACUGUCUUUUUGAUUCUCCCAGGUUCACCUUAAAUUUGAAAUAGCUUGUUUUAUGGACUUUUACUUUGAUGUGCAUGAUCAAAGCUGUAUAAAUAAAGGAAUGUAUGUAAUAAUGGA